CAAAAAUGUCAGCUUCUAAAUUUGUAUAUUCUUCACCAGGACCAAAAACUUAAUCUGCAAUAUCACUUGCAGGAGAUAGAGAUAGAGCACUUUCUCCUAGUAGGGCAAAAAUCUCUCAAUUAUCAGAAAAACUAUCCAAUCUCCAACAUUCAAUCGAUGAGGAUUAGGCAGUAUAGAAUCUAUUAAUACUGAAUAGUUUAAAAAAGAAACUUUUGAAUAAAAGGUUAAGGUUUUAGAGGACAGAGCCAUAAAACAGCAAUAAGGGGAUGAAUCAAAGUUUAAGCUAUUAAAAGAGUAAUUGUAAAAAGUAGAGGAGGGAGCUUAAAAUGAGAAAAUCAUUAGAGAAGUAAAACGAAAUAUGACUUAUCUAAUAGAGUGGAGAUGAAAAACUAAGAAAUAAAGAUUUGAAAGGAUUAGAGUUUGCCUUGGGAAAAGAAUUAUAGACAGAAAAAGUAAAUAGAAAAGAUUAUGAAUAAAAAAUUACUAAAACAACAGAUGACAGAGUUUACAGUCUAAGAUUAGAUUUGGCAAGGUAAAAAAAGUACAGAGAAGAGACAGAGGAGAAAAAUGCUUAAGAAAUUGGGGAUAGAAUUUUACAGUUAUAGGAAGAGGUGGAAGAAGAAAGAAGAACUAGGUAUUAAUUAAAUAACUCUUAGGGAAGAAGGAAAUUAAUAGGUUAUCAAACGAUUGGGAGAUUCCAUCUUGAAAUUAUAAGAAAUUUUAACAAGUGAGAAAAAAUAGAGAGAAUCAGCAUAGGCUUAGAUGUUUAGAAUGCUGGAUGAAAUGAAUGCCUAUUUGAAUGGGGAGUUGAAUGCUGAAAAAAAUGAAAGGGAAGCCACAGAAGAGAGUAUUAUCAAUCUUAUCGAUCAAACAUGCAACAGGGUUGAAAAUUCUUUAAGAAAAUGAAC